AUGUCAGAUAUCGAAUCACCCGCUCGAUCUCCCCCUCGAGACGAGGAGGAGCGCGUCCCUCGUGACGACCAAGAAGACGACACCACCCAAGAUAACGCCUUAGACAAAGUCGAUGUCGAUGACGACGAUGAGAAAGACGAUGACGACAAGGAAUCAGAGAUCCUCUCUGAACUCGACGAGGAUCAGUUCGAAGACUACGAUCCCGAGACCGCUAACAUCGAGGACCGACCCGUAGAAAUCGACGAGGACGUUGCCCGUACCCUCAAGGCCGCGAGACGGCAGCGUUCUGACACCGACAAGUCACGGAAGGUCAAAGAAGGAAGGCGCGAGAAGAAGAAGAGAUCCCGCGAUGGCGAUGCCGACGGUCAGGAUGACGAGUCUCGGCCACGCAAAGCUAGGCGGAGCGAAGCUGGCGGUUCCCGCACCGUUUCGAAGAGGCCUUCGCCCGAAGAAGAAGACGAGAAUGAUUCGCAUUUGACGCCGGAGGAGAGGAGGAGACGAGCUCUUGAUCGAGCGCUGGAGGCAGCUGUCAAGGGACCUACGAGGCGGAAGAAGAAGAAGGAUGAAGCCGACCUCGACGACCCCAUCGAUGACCAGAUCGCCGACCUUGUCGUAAGGAUGGAACGCGCCUGCGAAGCCGACAACACAGCCCGCGAAGCCAACCAGCCCGCCGUCGAAAAGAUGACGAUCCUUCCCGAAGUAGUCUCCAUGCUCAACCGCAACAACGCUCAAGAGGCCGUUCUCGACCCCGAUUCGGGCUUUCUCCGCGCCGUGCGCUACUUCCUCGAACCCCUCCAUGACGGCAGCCUCCCCUCCUACAACAUCCAGCGCGAUAUCUUCAACCACCUCAUCAAGCUGCCCAUCGAGAAGGACGCCCUUCUUGGUAGCGGCCUCGGCAAGGUCGUUUUCUUUUACACGAAGUCGAAGAGGCCUGAGCCCAAUAUCAAGCGGAUUGCUGAGAAGCUUGUCGGGGAUUGGAGCCGUCCUAUUCUCAAGAGGACGGAUGAUUACAAGAAGCGUCAGCUAGAGACACGCACCUAUGAUUACCAAGCCGCCAAGCUCGCACAACGCUCCAGCUCCUCCCAAUUCUCCCUUUCCCAACGCCCCUCCCAAUCCCGCCUCGAAGCCGAACGCGAACGGGCCCUCGCCCCCACGGGCCCUACGAACCGCGCCCGUGUUCCCGAAAUGCCUCAGAGCUACACCGUCGCACCCCGCAGCACCUUCGACAAGCAAUCAUCGAGGGCGUUUGAGCAUCGCCCCAUUGGUGCGAGCGGUAUCGAGGCGUUUAGGAAGAUGACGCAGAAGCCCAGGAAGAGGGGUUAA